CGCUUUCUCUGUCUCAUUCAUUCCUACACACAGGCUCACACGCCUGCUUUUCUCUGUUUGUCUCUCUCAGAAUGGCAAUUCUCAGUACAGCUUUCAGUAUUCUCUUCUAUUUACUUCAAGUCGUUUCUGGAGAAAGUGGCUAUGCACAGAAUGGAGACCUGGAGGACGCAGAGCUGGACGACUACUCCUUCUCCUGCUACAGUCAGCUGGAAGUGAGCGGAUUCCAGCACUUGCUCCACUGUGCUUUCAACGACCCGGACAUCAACAGCACCAGUCUGGAGCUGGAGAUAUGUGGGUCCCUUGUGGAUGUAAGUUGCCUGAAUCUUCGUAAACUGCAAGAGAUAUAUUUCAUCCAGACAAGUAAAUUCUUAUUGAUUGGAGACAGCAAAAUCUGUGUGAAGCUUAGAGGAAAGAUCUUAACCUGCAGGAAAAUGAAGAUAGUCAAUAUAGUUAAACCUGAGGCUCCUUACGAUGUAAACGUCGUCUAUCGUGAGGAAGCAAAUGACUUUGUGGUGACAUUUAAUACAUCACACCUGCGAAAGAAUUAUGUAAAAAAUUUAAUACAUGAGAUAGCCUACCGCCAGGAAAAAGAUGAAGCUGAUUGGAUGCGUGUGAAUUUAUCCAGUACGAGGCUGACGCUCCUACAGAGAAAGCUGCAACCUGAUGCAAUGUAUGAGAUCAAAGUCCGGUCCAUCCCCGGUCCCGACUAUUUUAAAGGCUUCUGGAGCGAAUGGAGUCCAAGUUUCCACUUCCGAACUCCAGGGACCAGCGGCCAAGGAAAGAUGGACCCUAUCCUACUAAUCAUCAGCAUUCUGAGUUUCUUCUCUGUGGCUCUGAUGGUCAUCUUGGCCUGUGUGUUGUGGAAAAAAAGAAUUAAGCCCAUUGUAUGGCCCAACCUCCCGGACCAUAAAAAGACUUUGGAGCAACUGUGCAAGAAACCAAAAAAGAACCUGAAUGUGAGUUUCAAUCCCGAGAGCUUCCUGGACUGCCAGAUUCAUAAGGUGGACGGCAUUCAGGCUAGAGACGAAGUGGAAGGCUUUCUGCAGGAUACACUUCCUCCGCAACAAGAGGAGCCUGAGAGGCAGAGGCUCGGAGUGGGUGUGCAGAGCCCCCACUGGCCACCCGAGCACGUAGUCAUCACCCCCAAAACCUGCAUAGAAGAAGCACCCCUCGGGUGCCUGGCUGGGAAUGUCAGUGCGUGUGGCACCCCUGUGCUCCCCUCCUCCAGGUCCCCAGACUGCAGGGAAGCGGGCAAGAACGGGCCUCCUGUGUACCAGGACCUGCUGCUGGGAUCUGGACCUCCAAAGGUCACCCUGCUCCCUCCAUUUCCUUUCCCAUCGGAAAUCAUGGCAUUGAACCCAGCUGGCCAGGGACAGCCCCUCCUCACUUCCUUGGGAUCAAAUCAAGAAGAAGCGUACGUCACCAUGUCCAGCUUCUACCAAAACCAGUGAACUGUGAGACACCCAGGCCUGGAACCACGCGAGCACCUACUGCCCCUCACAGCACGAAAAAGACAAACCAAUGUAACUCUCCCCACAACCUGCAGGACCCUGAGACGGUGCUGUCCUCCCUCCUCCCCACUGUCAGCGCCAGGCAGGAGCGAUCUGCUUCAGGUGACCCAAGUGAUUCCAUUCUUUCAGAAAGUUCG